AUGAACGGAGUGCAGGACUCCAACGGAGUGCGAUAUGGCGUGAACGGAGGAGCGUGGAUGAUUCGACUCGCGUCCCCGUCAGAGAGGACCAGGUCCAGCAUCUGGAACUGGCUCAGGAUCUCGCUCGCAUCUUCAACCACCGAUUCGGAGACUUCUUCCCUGAAGUUGGAGCUCCAGGCCCUGAGUCACACCAAGCCGUCUCGACUGGACCUGCUGCUGGACAUGCCGCCCGCCGGCGUGGACGUCCGGGUCCAGAACUCGUGGAACAACGAGAACCGCUCCCUCAACAUCUUUGUGAAGAACGACAACAAGCUGGUGUUCCACAGGCACCCCGUGCCCCAGAGCACGGACGCCAUCCGGGGCAGCGUGGGCUACACCAAGGGACUGCAUGUGUGGGAGAUCAGCUGGCCCAUGCGACAGGGGGGGACGCACGCCGUGGUGGGGGUGGCUACGAGCGACGCCCCGCUGCACUCGGUGGGCUACACGGCCCUGGUAGGAAGCAACGCCGAGUCCUGGGGCUGGCACCUGUGCAGAAGUAAACUCUACCACGACGGUAAGAACCACCCAGGGAAAACCUACCCGGCCUUCCUCAAGCCAGACGACAUCUUCAUAGUCCCAGACUCGCUCUUAGUGGUGUUGGACAUGGAUGAGGGGACUCUGGGCUACAUAGUUGAUGGACAUUAUUUAGGGGUGGCGUUCAGAGGACUUAAGGGCAGGAAGCUGUACCCAGUGGUCAGCGCCGUGUGGGGACACUGUGAAAUACUAAUCCGGUACAUAAACGGACUUGAACGUCUGGGUUGGCGCCCUCUGUGGGCGGGCGGUCUGGCGCGGGAGCUGGGUGUUCUCUCUGGGGGGGUGGCUCCGGCCCACCUGGGCACAGGCCUUGAUCCUGGCCUGCGUGCCCCCACUGGAGUCCAGUUUCUGCUGGCUGGGGGCCUCCACCCAGGCCUGGUGCUGUCCUGGGGUGUGGUGGGGUGGGUGGGGUCUCGGGGGCGCUGCAGGGUGGGCGCCCUGCGUUCUUUGGCGUACUGGCUCCUGGGUGGGCGUGGCGGCUUGCGGCCCUCGCUUCCUUGUGGCGCGGCCUGGUCCCCCUUCGGGGUGGGGUGCUGCGUGCAGCUGGCCUGUGUUGGGGCUAUGGUGCCUGCCGGGGCGCUGCUCUGA